GAUGGUAAAAAAGCUUACAGAUUUCAUACAAUGAACAAAAACUACAUUAUUGCCGCACGCAUAUGAGAUGGGCAUUGAAAACGCAGUCGAUACAUAUCGUUUUAUGUGAGAAGUCGUUUUAGGCGUUAAAUUGGUAAUAAACUACCGGCGAUGCAGAAACUGAACAAUAUAUCGAACCAACUAGUAGAAAGCAGACAAUAUGCUGUACCACCAGUCCUAAAGUGAUCAAUAGUAGAUGAACUCAUGCUUUCCAUCUCUCAUCGAGUGGGAAAACAUCAGAACCUCAUUUGGGAAGGUUAGAUUGACGAUAAUACCAUCCGGCCCCUUCCGACUAGUUCUUGAAUAUUAUUAUAUAGGACUGAAAUUGGUAGGGUCCUUUAGGCCUAUAGGCUUUCAAGGAUUUGGGAAACAAGACGAGGUGGAAUCCUAUAAGAGGAUGGCUUUUCCUUCUCGCCUACCCCUGAAGGACAUCCCAUUCAGAUACCUCUUAAAAUUUUUCGUGAGUGUUCAGUCCUUGGCCAUUAUCCUGGAUAACUCUGAGAGCGAUGGCCGAACGUUCCUUGCUGCACUUGGCUUCACGGAAAAUCAGAUUAGCUACCUCUACGACAGGUACAGAAGGCCAGUCUUUGAAGGGUUGAUAAUGAAGCGUCCUGGAAAGGAGACUGUUGGGGUUAUCUACCGGGCUCUGGUGUCGAGUAAUCAGGUAGUAGCCUUACGGAAUUUCUACACAUGUCUAUGUGAAAAUUUGAAUGACCGUCGACCAGAUCAGGAAUGGGAGACUAUAUUGAAUUCAACCCAUUAUCAGCUCUCCGCUGCAGUAAAAUGGCCACAAAUCUUCAUGAGAACAUAUAUCUAUCCUAUCCUGGAUCGUGUGCAGGAUAUCUUAUCUUGGAUCUUUCCAUUCAGCUUGUCCUACGCCUCCGACAUGUACCGAAAAGUCAGUAACUUGAUGAACUUUUUGUACAUGAUGGUGUGGUGUGUGACCGUCGGACAGAACGUCAUCAGCAUCUACACAGAGGGGCGUCCCCACAACUUGGUAACCAUCUUCAUCUCCAUAUCUCUUUGGAUCAAACUUUACCUCACCAAGGAACCUCUGAAUCAGCUCAAAGACAUUUUGACCAGAGGAAGCGACGAGGCGAGACGGCGGAGUGCUGAUUUCCUCUACAAGGAGGUCCGGAUCGCCCUUCUCUUCGUGUUUUUCUUCAAACUCAUUCUCCUCUCGCUUGGUGGCGUCCUUUUCUAUACCUUCCCCCAGAUUAUCAUUGAUGAUUUCCAAAGCAAGAUGACUCAGUUUGUCUUGUUUCUUUUCGUCUUUGAAUUGUGUCAUAAUGCAUUCUAUUUGAUUGCAUUCUACAAGGAUCCGAACAUUUUCCGGAUCAUUGAGGAGCUCUUCCCACAAUAAGCAUGCAUGCAUGGCCCUUGGAAGCGGUGCUGGGGAUGCUGAAGCAUAUUAUGCACCCCAAGACUUUCUGGGGGGG